AUGUGGAGAUGCUGGAAGCCCUGGAGAUGCUGGAAGACCUGGAGGUGUAGGAAGACAUGUACUCCUUGGAAGACACGAAUUUUUUGGGAAGAUGCAGAUUUUCAGGAAGACGUGGAUUUCCGGGAAGACGUGGAUUUCCGGGAAGACGCGGAUUUCCGGGAAGACGCGGAUUUCCGGGAAGACGCGGAUUUCCGGGAAGACGCGGAUUUCCGGGAAGACGCGGAUUUCCGGGAAGACGCGGAUUUCCGGGAAGACGCGGAUUUCCGGGAAGACGCGGAUUUCCGGGAAGACGCGGAUUUCCGGGAAGACCUGGAUUUCCGGGAAGACGCGGAUUUCCGGGAAGACGCGGAUUUCCGGGAAGACGCAGAUUUCCGGGAAGACCUGGAUUUCCGGGAAGACGCGGAUUUCCGGGAAGACGCGGAUUUCUGGGAAGACCUGGAUUUCUGGGAAGACGUGGAUUUCCGGGAAGACGCGGAUUUCCGGGAAGACGUGGAUUUCUGGGAAGACGCGGAUUUCCGGGAAGACGCGGAUUUCCGGGAAGACGCGGAUUUCCGGGAAGACGCGGAUUUCCGGGAAGACCUGGAUUUCCGGGAAGACGCGGAUUUCCGGGAAGACGCGGAUUUCCGGGAAGACCUGGAUUUCCGGGAAGACCUGGAUUUCCGGGAAGACCUGGAUUUCCGGGAAGACGUGGAUUUCCGGGAAGACGUGGAUUUCCGGGAAGACGUGGAUUUCCGGGAAGACGUGGAUUUCCGGGAAGACGUGGAUUUCCGGGAAGACGUGGAUUUCCGGGAAGACGUGGAUUCUUGGGAAGACGUGGAUUUCCGGGAAGACCUGGAUUUCCGGGAAGACCUGGAUUUCCGGGAAGACGUGGAUUUCCGGGAAGACGUGGAUUCUCGGGAAGACCUGGAUUGGGAAGACGUGGAUUCUCGGGAAGACCUGGAUUCUUGGGAAGACCUGGAUUUUUGGGAAGACCUGGAUUUUUGGGAAGACCUGGAUUUUUGGGAAGACGUAGAUUUUUGGGAAGACAUGGAUUAUCCGGAAGACAUGGAUUAUCUGGAAGACAUGGAUUAUCUGGAAGACUUGGACUUCCUGGAAGCUAUGGAUUUAAUGGAAGACAUGGAUUUUUCUGGAAGAUGUGGAUGGAUGGAAGACCAGAAGCUCAAUGGAAGACAUUGAUAUUGGGAAGACAUGAAUUUUCAGGAAGACCCAAAUUAUCCGGAAGAUCAGGAUUGUAUGGAAGACAUGGAUAUGUGGAAGACUUGAGAAACCUGGAGGUUAUUGGAAGACAUAGAUCUAUUGGAAGACCUGGAUUUAGUGGAAGACUUGGGUUUCUGGAAACUUGAAUUGGUGGAAGACAUAGAUUAGCUGGAAGACAUGGAUUGACUGGAAGACACUGAUUUUUCUGGAAGACGUGGAUUCUUCUGGAAGACAUGGAUUCUUCUGGAAGACGUGGAUUCUUCUGGAAGACGUGGAUUUUCCUGGAAGACGUGGAUUUUCCUGGAAGAUCUGGAUUAUAUGGAAGACGGGAUUUGCUGGAAGACAUGGAGAUUGUCUGGAAGACAUGUAUUUUCUGGAAGAUCAGGAUUGUCUGGAAGACCUUGA